AUGUGGUGCAUAGUCCCUCCACUACCUAAGGAAAUAGAACUAAUUUCAAAUGAAGAUAUUUGGGAGCAAAAGAUUGAAGUGGAAGAAAUUAUUGAAAACUGUAAGAUUUGCAAAAAGUAUGGGCACUGCUCCGCAGAAUAUUUAGUGAAUGGGAAAGGUAAAGAGAAGGUGGGAGAACUGGAUAAUGUGCAAACAAUGACAAAGCAACUUAUGUUUGUGAACAUAGAAGAGUUAAAAAAUGAAAGAGGAGUGAGGUUUGUAGGCAGUGAAGGAAAUGGAGGUCAUAUUGACACUCUGGAAAGAUCUCAAUGUGGUCAAGAAAAUGGAUCUGCUGCAGAACUAGAGCAGAGUGGCGGUUCUUGGCGGCGAUGGCAAGGGCCGGGCGGGGAGCAAGGUGCCGGCGGGGAGGAAGCGCAGCGACUGGGUAGCAGCCAGGGAGCUGCGACGGUGGGCCAGGGGCCGCAGGGAGGCUGCAGGCGCAAAGGAGGCCGUAGGGGCGGUGGUGGCCGCAAGGAGGUGCCAGCGGGGGCCAGAAGCCGAGGCCGGUAA